UUGCUUGGUGAAAAUUUUAGUCAAAUCCGACCCUCGUAGGGCUCGCCUCUGACCAUUUAAGCUAGUUAAAUAGCCCUAAAAUUAACACGGCACCCUUUGCGAUCUCUCUUACAGCUCAUACCAUGGUUGUCGUGUGAAACCGGAUCGGCGUGACUCGGAUUGGAAGGAUAGACUAAGCCAAAAACGCCUGCUUCAGGUGUCAGGUAGUGAAGUGUGUGUGUGUGUGUGUGGGUGUGGGUGGGUGGGUGCAUGCGUGUGUGUGUGUGUGUGUUUGAAAGCACGUGUGUUUUACAAGCCCAAUCAGUAUUUGGAGUGGAGUCUGUCCUGAACACAUCUCAGAGGGACAAUGAGCGAGUUGGAACAGUUGCGGCAAGAAGCCGAGCAACUACGUAAUCAAAUUCGGGAUGCUAGGAAAGCCUGCAGUGACUCCACUUUGUCCCAGAUCACAGCUGGUCUGGACUCAGUGGGCCGGAUACAGAUGCGGACACGACGCACUCUCAGGGGCCACCUGGCCAAGAUCUAUGCAAUGCACUGGGGGAGUGAUUCCAGAUUACUUGUCAGUGCCUCGCAAGAUGGAAAGCUAAUCAUCUGGGACAGCUACACAACAAAUAAGAUGCAUGCCAUCCCACUGCGCUCUUCCUGGGUGAUGACAUGUGCCUACGCUCCCUCUGGGAACUAUGUGGCCUGUGGAGGUCUGGACAACAUCUGCUCCAUUUACAGCCUGAAAACCCGCGAGGGCAACGUGCGCGUCUCCCGUGAACUUGCCGGACACACAGGUUAUUUGUCUUGCUGUCGCUUCUUGGAUGACAACCAGAUACUAACCAGCUCUGGAGACACCACCUGUGGAUUGUGGGACAUAGAAACAGGUCAACAGGCCACCACCUUCACCGGUCAUACAGGUGAUGUGAUGAGCUUGUCUCUGAGCCCAGACUACAAGACCUUUGUGUCAGGAGCCUGUGACGCCACCUCCAAGCUGUGGGACAUCCGUGAUGGCAUGUGCAGGCAAUCUUUCACCGGCCACGUGUCAGACAUCAAUGCCGUCUGCUUUUUCCCCAAUGGGAACGCAUUUGGCACAGGCUCAGAUGACGCCACCUGCAGGCUGUUCGACCUACGUGCCGACCAGGAGUUGAUGAUGUACAGCCACGACAACAUCAUCUGCGGCAUCACCUCCGUGGCUUUCUCUAAGAGUGGCCGCCUGCUUCUAGCCGGCUAUGACGACUUCAACUGCAACGUCUGGGACACUCUGAAAGGAGAGCGUGCAGGUGUGCUAGCGGGCCACGACAACAGAGUGAGCUGCUUAGGAGUGACGGAGGAUGGCAUGGCUGUGGCCACCGGCUCCUGGGACAGUUUUCUUAGGAUCUGGAACUAAACAAACCUUUGGCCUGAUGUACUCAAUCACUGUCCCCACCUUAGUCUCACAACCCCAACAUACCUACCCCAACUCAUCUGCUGGGCUGCACCUGAAGGGUGUACCUGGUGUCAGCUGAAUCUCCUCCCAUCGCUGGUGACCCGUCCACCUGUGAGAACUCUUUUUACCUGAAAGUUUUUUCACCCAGCUAUUACAGAGUGCAGUUGUCCAAUCAAAACAAAGAGAGCAUAGAAAAGUAAUAAAAAACUGAAGGAUUAAAAAGUAGAUUUAGCCCAAAUCCAAAUCUUCUCGUGGGCAAAAAAGGGCAUCUGCCAUUUUGAUUAACAACAAACAGAAUUAGAAUCAGUGUGUUAUAUGUAAAUGUAUAUAAAGACCGCAUAUAUGUAUAGCAUUAUGUGUGUAUAUAUGCAUCAUAUAUGCAUAUAUAAUGUGUAUGUAUAAAGUUUUGUAGUUUAUUUCCCUUCCUUGGGUUUUUUUGUUUUAUAAUUUCAUGUUUUUUUUAUUAUAGAUGGGCAUAUUGACAUUCAUACAUGAUACCAGAAACAUUAUUUUUAUCCCAUAAAUCAGAUAUUGAACAGCGAUCGUAGAUCUAAAAAAAAAAACUUUAGUGAAGCCUACUCGCCCAGCAAAGGAAGAUAAAGUAAAUAAAGUAAAUCUAAUUUGGCUUGAUUAAACUUGGAUUUUUCAUUGUAUGUACUGUUGUUGAGCAGAGGACAUAAGAUCUUCAUUAAUGUGGCAUCAUGUGAAUAAUUUGUUUUAAUCUUUAAUCAAUAUGGCCUCUGGUAUUUCCCACAGCAUGUAAAGAAAAUUUGCCAGUGAGAUUUUUGGGGGGGGUUCAAACCUGACAAGAUUUUUUUUAUUUUUGGGUCUGGAUCGAGCUUUAACUCCAAAGUAGAAACUCUGCUCAUGUGGACUAUGGUUUGAAAUCAUCAGAUGCUGAACAUCAGAAGACCACGUCCAUUUCAUGCAAAUCAUCUGCAGAGUGAUGUGACUGGUGAACAGAGGUUGAUUUACGCCUACCUCCUGGGGCCUGCACAAGAUACAUAUUUCCUUUAAGACUCAGAGACGCUUCUGUCAUUGUCUUCUUCAGAGAAGAGCAACAAAAGCAAACUAAAGCUCUUCUUUCCCUGUGAUCUUACAACAUCAGAGACCUGCUAAGACAAAAGCUGGUCAGUAUGAGAGGAACUUCACAUGAAAUGAAAUGAAAAACACUUUAUUAAUCCCAGAGGGAAAUUAUACAAUUGUAUCAGGACCAUAAAGGAUUCUCAACAGUUUCCGAGGACCUGAGAAGAUGAAGACAAAGAUGUCCAUCAGUGCUUAACUUGCCAUUUUAUCUAUGUUUUUCUUCAUGAAGGAUCCUUUUUGUUGUCUACACAGUGUGAAUUAAGUGACUGCACAAAACUGAAAUUAUGUCAGCCACUUCAGAAUCACACCACUGCCACCACAAGCCUAUUUGAAAAGGAAGAAAACAUGUUUUUCUUUAAAGAUUGAACAGUUUCAGCAUUUUUUUCACCAAAAACAUGUUAUGAAUUGUUCAUAUAAUAAGUGAAGAAGGUACACUCAGUAGACAGAAGUAAACACUUAGCAGAGAGCUAGACAUGCACUCAGACUAGUAUCAAUGUAAACCUCUGCACAUAUGAUUUCUUUACCCAUAGAAGUGGUAUUUCUGACUUAGAGUAUUUUGUCAUGUCAUUUGUCAUGCUCAAUAUUAUUUUGAUUCCUCAAAAGAUUUAGAAAAAAAAACUUCACACUCAUGAUGUGUGAGAGUUGGACCUAUUCAUCAGCUGUCUCAGGUGCCUAUCUCUGGGCUGGAUAAAGGAGGGUUAGAUGUGAGAUGUGGCACUGUUGUUUCUUCAUUCUGCCUUAUGAUGCCAUGUGUGAUAGAGGGUAAUAUUAACUUAGACUACAGUAAUGUUUCCUCUUAUUCCUUUUUACAUGCUGAUCAAUAAGGAAAAUGCUACUGGUUUUCUUUUCUGGAUACAAGCACAUUCUGAUACUAGUGAACACUAAAACACGUGCUUGCAGAAAAUCACCACAACAGCACCACACUGCUCCUUAAAAAAAAUCACUUUUUAUAUGAUUCUGCUUUCUACUUCUAUUACCGUAAAGUUUGUAGUACUUAAGGUUUACUCUACUGUCACGUAAGCCCCUCUUUGACAGACAUGUUUCUAAUGAAUUUUAUUUAUCUGCUUCCUCUCUGCUUCGCAUUAACAAAUCCAUCCUGAGAGAAUGUUUAAAAUAACAGUAAUCAUUUUUAGCCUGAGACUAUCUUUAAGGUGUGUGUGUGUGUGUAUAGGAUGUGAUUAAGUCUUGCAUAUUAGUGUUGAGGUGUGUGUGAGUGUCGGGGGAAGGGGGGUGGGGGGGUAAAUUUGCUGACAUAUGUGGAUAACACCUAGAGUUAAGUGUUACGACCUCAUUGUGCCAAUGUUAUCCACAGACCCUGACCUGUGAACUCAGUACUAGUCAGUGUAACAAAAUAUAUAUUUGCUUGUGUAACUCAAGUGCCAACCUCAUCCAGCUCCCUCCGAUGCAUCAGUGUCUCAUUUUAAAUCCAAUCUGUUGCCUGAUCAAACAAGGUGGCUGCUUUUUCUCUGAUAAAUUUCUGUGUCCCAAAGUGUCUUUACGCUGACACGACUCAUUAGACUCAAGUUUCUAUUUGAGCCAGCGGACAUCAGAUGUUUGUGUCCUCAAAUCCAGAUGAUGAAAUGACUGACAGAAUGGAUUUAAAGUAACAGACCAUAAUUUUGGAAAGUGUUUGUUUUCUGACAGUUCAAUGAGAAAAUGCAUGAAGAAACGGUGGCUGAGGUUAGAAAAGGCUGGAAGAAAAGUCAAAUGUUAUGUGUUACCAGCUUACUGAGCAGCAUUUUGUAAUGGUUGCUCUGUAACUGGUUGGUGUUGCAUCAUACUCUGUGACCAUCAUAAACUAGUUUCAGCUGUUGCAUGCACGUUAUUUUAAAAAACAACACUUUCAAACGGCCUUCUAAGAAAAAAAAAAGCCCAGUUUGCUCCAAUUGACUUGCCUCGCUGACCUGAGCAUCCACCUUCAAACAUUUUGCAUCACCUUUACUGAGCCAAUUUGGCCUGAAAUUACAACACCCUUUAAAGGGUGUAGUAUAGUAUUUUAUAGCCCCUGACAUAUUAAAGAAAAACACUUGAAAAUCAAACUGGAUUUCAUUUAGACUUAAAAAAUAGCACGAUAGCAAGUUGCUCAGUUUAGCUGUGUUAUGGAAAAUAUUUCUCAUGGUGUUUGAAAUUUUGGCCCUCAUUAUGAUUUUUAUUUGUUGAUUUCAUGCUAAAACCCUCAAUAGAAAUAUCCCUACUCGGAAUACCUUUAGACACUCAGUGUUAUCUUCCUUGAAGCUUUAAUAAGAGGAUCACACACAGUGAGUGCAGUCUGUGCCAAAGCCAGUGCAUAUAUAAGUUUUAAUUAAGGGGAUAUGGGUCUGCAUCAGAAUUUACUGAGUUCUUCCUUAACUCAAGCUGCAUCAUUUCCAUCAGCUUUUGUAAUAUUUUGUGGAUUUAGCUUCAUCUUGAAAUCAGGUGUGAGCAAACUUUCACAUUUUCUACAGUCACAUAACAGUAAAGAUUAGAAAUUAACAAACCUGGAAAAAUGAUGAACAAAAACAUUGUGCAUCUUGAUAUAGCCAGCUAUGUCUUUCUUUCAACUAUUUUAAUCCAGGAUAGCCAACGCAAAUGACAGUGUCCUAAUAAGGCACACUUUCUGAGAGUCACAGAGGUUGGUGUAACCAGGAAGCCUUGUAUUGUGUUUUCAGUUAUAUCAGAAAACUUGCCCAAAAUGUUGAACUGUUCCACUAAACCCACCUU